AAAAAUAUAAAUUUCUACACAAGUUGAAUUUGAAAAGGCCGCUACAAGCAUGAUAAAUAUCAUAUUAAACGUGUUGUUUUUGUUUUUUUUAACGUAAAUAAAGUUAAUAUUCUUUCCAUUAUUUUUUGUAUGAAUUCAUGUUGUUUGUGUGGCCACCAGGCAGCGCAUGCGCACAACGCGUCAUUUCAUUUUGAGGGCGGGGGGGUUGAGUAGAACGGGUUAACGCAGCUAUACAACGCGCAUGCGCAGACGUGCUGUCACGACCCGCUAUCUUUCUGUCAGCGCAGAAGCUAGGCUAAGCUAAGAACGCUAAUCAUGAAGGCUCUUCGCGGAAUGGUGAGCGGAGCCGUAAACGAGAUUACCUCGGCUGUCAGCGGACACAAAACCGCCGCUACCCGGGAGCACGUCCUCGCAGUCAGUCGCGACUACAUCUCUCAACCGAGACUGACAUAUAAAACUGUAUCAGGUGUCAAUGGCCCUCUGGUGAUCUUGGACCAAGUAAAGUUUCCCAGGUAUGCCGAGAUCGUCCACUUGACCCUCCCUGAUGGCACGAAGCGCAGCGGCCAGGUCCUGGAGGUCAGCGGCUCCAAAGCUGUCGUCCAGGUGUUCGAAGGAACGUCAGGCAUCGACGCCAAGAAGACAAGCUGUGAAUUUACAGGGGACAUUUUACGCACGCCCGUGUCCGAGGAUAUGCUGGGCCGUGUGUUUAACGGGUCGGGAAAGCCGAUCGACCGAGGUCCGGCCGUCUUGGCCGAGGAUUACUUGGACAUCAUGGGCCAGCCCAUCAACCCACAGUGCCGUAUCUACCCCGAGGAGAUGAUCCAGACCGGCAUCUCCGCCAUCGACGGCAUGAACAGCAUCGCCAGGGGGCAGAAAAUCCCCAUUUUCUCUGCAGCCGGUCUCCCACAUAACGAGAUCGCAGCACAGAUCUGUCGGCAGGCCGGCCUGGUCAAGAAGUCCAAAGACGUGAUGGACUACAGCGAGGAGAACUUUGCUAUUGUGUUUGCAGCCAUGGGGGUGAACAUGGAGACGGCAAGAUUUUUCAAGUCUGACUUCGAGGAGAACGGCUCCAUGGACAACGUGUGUCUGUUCCUGAAUCUGGCCAAUGAUCCGACGAUUGAACGCAUCAUCACUCCUCGCCUGGCGCUGACCUCCGCUGAGUUCCUGGCCUAUCAGUGUGAGAAGCACGUCCUGGUUAUCCUGACUGACAUGAGCUCCUACGCUGAAGCCCUGAGAGAGGUGUCUGCAGCGAGAGAGGAAGUACCCGGACGCCGUGGUUUCCCUGGUUACAUGUACACCGAUCUGGCGACAAUCUACGAGCGGGCGGGGCGAGUGGAGGGACGUAACGGCUCCAUCACUCAGAUCCCCAUCCUCACCAUGCCUAAUGACGACAUCACACAUCCUAUUCCUGAUUUGACCGGCUACAUCACGGAGGGUCAGAUCUACGUGGACCGACAGCUUCACAACAGACAGAUUUAUCCGCCGAUCAACGUGCUGCCGUCUCUGUCUCGACUCAUGAAGUCGGCCAUCGGAGAGGGAAUGACGCGCAAGGACCACUCGGACGUCUCCAACCAGCUGUACGCGUGUUAUGCCAUCGGGAAAGACGUCCAAGCCAUGAAGGCCGUAGUGGGAGAAGAAGCUCUGACGGCUGACGAUCUGCUGUACCUGGAGUUUCUGCAGAAGUUUGAGAGGAAUUUCAUCGCUCAAGGCGCUUACGAGAACCGCACCAUCUACGAAACCCUGGACAUCGGCUGGCAGCUGAUGCGAAUUUUCCCCAAGGAGAUGCUGAAGAGGAUCCCGCAGAGCACGCUGGCUGAGUUUUACCCCCGAGAGUCCAAACACUGAGCCACUGAGCGUACCGUUCUGCCGUCUCUCUCUCUCUAUCUCUCUCCACCUGUGUAUCUCCGCCCCUUAAAUAUACCGCCCUGGGUAUGAUCAGCCUUCAGCUGCGUCGUUAUUAAACACUCCUCUCACUGUAGCCAUGUACUUUAGUCCUCUGCUUCUGCUCUCUGUACAUGAUAAAACUAAAUGUGGCCAAGCCGUGAUGUGCGUGCGUGCAUGCGUGCGUGCGUGCGUGUGUGUGUGUGUGUGUAUAUAUGUUGUGAAUAUUGUCACAGUGAAGUGAGUGUGGAAAAAAUAACAACUAUAUUGUGAGUGUAUAAAUAGAUUAUUAGCCAAACGUGUAGUCCUGGUGCCACCACUAGAGUGCUGGAAUAAUUCUUUUUCUUAUUAUUAUUAUUAUUACAAAACGAAAAUAUAAAGCUGUGUGCGAGUGUAACGUGAUUCGAGUGUGGUCAAAAUGAAAGGAAAGGGAAAUGAUUUCUGGAUCAUGUAGGAAUAUUUAACACCGAAUGUAGUUCUUCACGCCGGCUUCCACCUGUGAUUGGUCGCUACAAAUGAGGCGUGUCCAAACCGAUUUGUUCUAAGCGUCACGUAGGACGCUAAACUUGUUAUCCUCAAGCACUGAUUCAUUUAGAAGCAGUUCUUCCUCUUCUUCAUGCUCUGUGUCGCCAUAGUAACAGCAGUUUUCUCCUUAUCCGUGGGAAACGCAGCGCCAUCUGCAGUACCGGAGAACUCGCGCGCGACGACCGCUACGAAACCGUAACGAGUAUUAGAAUCUUAGAUCUGGACUGACGUUUUUCGUACCGGGUGGGACGUCGUGUUCCAGCGUUCCUGAUGUUAGAUGAGAGACUAACUUCUAAACGGUAUCAUCCAUCAAUAUCUCGGCGAUUAAACCAAACAAAAAAUUGUAACACUUUAAACAAUCAAACAAACAAAAACAUUAGCGUUGCGGGGGAUGUUUUUUUUUGUACGACACAAUUUUUGAUCGGACAACACGUGCUCGGUCUAAUCUACUUUUACGAAGCUCUGGUGCGUAACUAAAGAAAAGAACGUAUUUCGGCUGAUCGAUUAUAUUUGUGAAAUUUAAAAAAUUGCCUACAAUUUUUUUUUUUUUUCUUUAAGCACUACUUCUUUAAUUAGCAUUAAAUCUUAACUUAAGCUACUAUCUUGCUGCUCCUAUCUAUCUAUAUAUAU